AUGCCUGCUAUCAGAAAAACCCGACGAAGCUUUGACCCAGCAAUCAUGGAUCGCAACCUGGUUCCACCACCUCUAAAGCUCCGAAAAGACGGGACAGUUCGAUCCGAGCUCGAUCUCCGCCGCGAAGCCGUCGCUGAAAGCUCAAUUCUCAACAAAUCCAAUUCCAGCGUCCGGGCCAAGAAAAUCAAGACCCUUAGAAGCAGUUUCAAAAAUCUCGCAAAAAUCUUCGAUCGCUCAACUUUGAACUCCGAGGAAAAACCAACGACUCCGUAUUUCAACCGGAAAAACCGACUCUUCCGAUCGAUGACUGUAAAAAUGCGACACCACUGUAACGAAGAACAAAAGCCACGAGUAAUUUUGAGAAGAACGGAGCAAGAAAUUUCAUCUGGAAUUAUAAUUUGGGAAGAAGGAGCGAAUGAACUUUUGGUCAAAUAA